AUGGACGGCGAGCAUGGCCCAUUUAACGUGCCCGACUUCUGGCGCCCAUCUGCCUUUAGCAUCUCUGAUGCGCCCGAGCAGACUCUGUUCAACGACACGCGCUUUGGUGAGCAUGACGCGCUGUGCAGUCACAUGAAAACGUUCACUCAUGGACAAACAGAACUGCCCUUGAUUGACCACCAUCUCGAUACCGAACUACGACUCCCGGACCUCGACAACUUCCAAUUUGGCAAACUUGAUGACCUCCAUGUGAACCAAGAGCCCGACAAAGCUUCUACCGUUGACCUNCAAACAUGCACCACAAGCCAGUCCGACGAACUCGACGACUUGUGGAAGUUUGACCUCACUAGACCUGUGGAGCGGCCAUCUUUACGUACAUGGGAAGCCUUUGCCCACCAGGACCACUCCGAAUCACCCAUAUCGUACCUCUCCGACGCUGGCCCACGUGCAUUUGAUGCCCUCCAGCCCGACGACACUGAUGUCCUCCAAUCUGCUUUCGCCCUGAAAUGUCUAGCCCUCCUGGGUCUAGGCAGAUCGUCUACUCUGUUCCAAUGGAAGAAAGAGGACAAGACUUUUGUGUCAUCUCUUGACAACGUGCGAUUAUCUGGUCUGAGCAGUACUGCCUUUGACAGUCUGGUCCAACAACUGACAGCUGCUGGCUGUGCUUCCGUCGACCUGCGACAUUUUGUCCAGUCUUCCUAUACUACCAAAAAUCCCUUGGCUGCUCGCGUUGCCCUUGCGACCACUGUACAGGCUGUGCUAGAAGCUCUCGAUCAGAACUUGUCCGACCAAGUCCUGACUGCCACAUCUUUCUUGCAGCUUCUCACUUGCUUCGAGACACCCACUAUUCUACUGACAGAGAUGAGAGAAUUGAUCAGCACAACUGCUGCUGCAAGUACCGACACUGCCUUCCUAUCUGCCUGUCAUGAGACUAUCCAUCAAUUCACAAACGCUUGUUCUCCAUUUCAAUCUCUUCACGCCGAGAUAUUGAAACAAGUCUCACUACCCUGGCUUCAAGUCAUCUGUCAGAAGACUGGCCUCACGCACCACCAGUUCGAUUUGCCCGCUCAGGAUGAUGUCUUUGAGCGCAGUGCUCAUAUCUCUGCUGAAGACAAUGCACAAAUUACAGAAGUCAUGGCUGGUAUUGCUGUAUUGAAAGACGCUGCACCUGACCAUCCCAUAUUGGCUCCUGCUUCUUGGGGUGUUGAUAGCCCCGACCUGGAGGCAUCGCACACAUGUCUUCACUUUGACCGGAUCGUCGAGAAGGCGAACAAAUAUCAACAGGACCUUCUUCUCGCCAUAACAAGAUAUAGUCGGGGAGAUUCGAAGCCGCUUGAUGUAAAUCCCCAGCAACAACCUGACCACCUUACAUCGGAGCAGUUGCCAUGGAGUCUUGACGACGACCAGCAGACCUAUUUUGAGGACGUGGGAACUCGUUUUGCUGAACUUCCUGCGAACAAGGCUGACACAUCUGGUAUUCGCUUUCUGACCACGGAGAUGCUUGAGGCGGAGAACAUACAAGAGACAUCGGCUCUCGAUCUACGGCAUCUUUCGAAGACCACAUUACAUCAUCUCACACCAUACCUGCGCGUUCGGAGCCGCCUUUUGAAUGGCGUCCUUCUGCGACUUCUUUUCCGGCAGUUUUCUCUUCGCGAUCAUCUCACCUUGAACCACUCCUUCCACCUUCUAGGUAAUGGUCUGUUCGUUCAACGUCUCACCACUGCAUUGUUCACUUCUGAAACCAAUGCACGAGGCCUGCGUCUGGACAAUCGAUCUAAGCAAUGGCCACCGGCGUCUUCAGAACUGAGGCUUGGAUUAAUGGGUGUUCUAUCUGAAGCCUAUGGCUCUAAUGACAUACCAGGCAAUCUCUCAUUUGCCAUUCGCGAGCUCAGCGAUGCAGAGAUUGAAAAAUGCUUAGAUGCUAACAGUAUCCAUGCGCUUGAUUUUCUGCGACUGAGAUACGAAGCUCCUACGCCAUUGAAUGUGAUACUCGAUGAUAAAGCGAUGGCAAAAUACGACGAUUGUUUCCGUGUAUUGUUAGGGAUGCUCAGGAUGUUGCAUUUUGUCACUUUACUUCGAAGCACCGCUCAACAGAAGCACAGUUCGCCUGCAUCGCAGGCCUUUGCUCACGAAGCUUGGAGUUGUGUAUCCGGUCUCGCAUCUUAUUUCUUCGACAUUGGUGUUGGUGGCCCUUGGACAGAAUUUCAACGUACCCUCAACACUAUAGAAGCAGAUCUCGCACUCGAGGACGAAGAAGGAAGCUUUGGCCAACGAGUCACUUUUGGAAUCUCGCACCUGCGCAACAGACAUAGCGAUAUGCUCGACACCAUCCGCUCACGCCUGUUCCUCCGCUCGCGCCACGACAAACUACGAAGCUACAUCGAAGACAUCUUCAGCCUUGUUCUUUCCGUACAAAUGAAUACGCAUCUGGAGCUUAUGCUCUGGCGACAGAGAGACGAGCUGAGAGAUUUGAUCAAGGAAUUCAAGAGUUCGUUGAACGAGCUUACGAGAAAGAUUGGCAAGAAGAAGGAAAUGAGCCAACAAGAUAGGGAUGAUGUGUUUGCAGUCGAGGUUCUGAACUUUAGGCUUGGUGGCGACUGA